UCAGGCCGCUCUAGCCGCCUUUCUCGCCUGCUCUGCCGGGAGGCGGGAGCAACCACGGGGGUCCCUCCAAGAUGGCGGCGCAGAGGAGGAGUCUGCUGCAGAGUGAGCAGCAGCCCAGCUGGACGGACGACCUUCCCCUCUGCCACCUCUCUGGGGUUGGCUCAGCCUCCAACCGCAGCUACUCUACUGAUGGCAAGGGCACCGAGAGCCACCCCCCGGAGGACAGCUGGCUCAAGUUCAGGAGUGAGAACAACUGCUUCCUCUAUGGGGUUUUCAACGGCUACGAUGGCAACCGGGUGACCAACUUCGUGGCCCAGCGACUUUCGGCAGAGCUCCUGCUGGGCCAGCUGAGCACCGAGCACACCGAUGCCGACGUGCGGCGUGUGCUGCUGCAGGCCUUUGAUGUGGUGGAAAGGAGCUUCCUGGAGUCCAUCGACGAUGCGCUGGCUGAGAAGGCGAGCCUCCAGUCUCAGCUGCCAGAGGGUGUCCUGCAGCACCAGUUGCCUCCUCAGUACCAGAAGAUCCUCGAGAGACUCAGGACAUUGGAGAGGGAGAUUUCCGGAGGAGCCAUGGCUGUUGUGGCAGUCCUUCUCAACAACAAGCUCUAUGUCGCCAAUGUUGGUACGAACCGUGCACUGUUAUGCAAAUCCACGGUGGAUGGGUUACAGGUGACACAGCUGAAUGCAGACCACACCACAGAGAAUGAGGAUGAGCUCUUCCGCCUGUCACAGCUGGGUUUGGAUGCAGGAAAGAUCAAGCAAGUGGGGAUCAUCUGUGGGCAGGAGAGCACCAGGCGCGUCGGGGAUUACAAGGUCAAGUACGGCUACACUGAUAUUGAACUGCUCAGUGCUGCCAAGUCCAAACCGAUCAUUGCAGAGCCCGAAGUCCACGGUGGGCAGCCACUGGACGGGGUGACUGGCUUCCUGGUGCUGAUGUCCGAGGGACUCUACAAGGCCCUGGAAGCAGCCCAUGGGCCUGGGCAGGCCAACCAGGAGAUCGCCGCAAUGAUUGACACCGAGUUUGCCAAGCAGACCUCCCUGGACGCUGUGGCCCAGGCUGUGGUGGACCGCGUGAAGCGCAUCCACGGCGACACCUUCGCCAGUGGCGGGGAGCGUGCCAAGUUCUGCCCACGGCACGAGGACAUGACCCUGCUGGUGAGGAACUUUGGCUACCCGCUGGGCGAAAUGAGCCAGUCUACGCCGACCCCAUCCCCAGCUGCAGGAGGCCGCGUGUACCCCGUGUCUGUGCCCUACUCAAGCGCUCAGAGCACCAGCAAGACCAGUGUGACACUCUCCCUCGUCAUGCCCUCCCAGGGCCAAAUGGUCAAUGGGGCGCACAGCGUGUCCACCCUGGAUGAAGCCACACCCACCCUCACCAACCAGAGCCCAACCCUGACUCUGCAGUCCACCAACACGCACACACAGAGCAGCAGCUCCAGCUCAGACGGGGGCCUCUUCCGCUCCCGGCCUGCCCACUCACUCCCGCCAGGUGAGGAUGGCCGUGUCGAGCCCUAUGUGGACUUUGCCGAGUUUUACCGCCUUUGGAGCGUGGACCACGGAGAGCAGAGCGUGAUGACGGCACCGUAGGUCUGGCUGGAGAGUGCAGCCUUCCUCGGGCUUUGCAGGAGGACGAGGGGGCCCAGCUCUGGGGCAGGACGGGCUUUUAGCCUUUUCCUGAUAUUUGCCUCCACCAUGGGGGCCCCAGUCCUCACCCUGCACUGGACUGUGACCCCAUGGCUCUCGGUGCAGAAGAGACUAUGCUGAGGGCCGAGUGUAGAUGACCUGUCAUGUGUACCUUAUGAGUGCACAGGAGGCUGACACUGGUCUCUCCCCACGGGCAGCCUCAGUCAGGACCGUUGCCGUUUCUCAGAGGCAGGGUACGAGGUCGGCAGCACGCCGGCCUGCGAGACCCACCAAGGGUUGCUUCAGCUCCUGGCGCUGACCCAGAGCCCUUGGACUGUACAGGGGUUCUCCUGUGACCCCACCUGCUACAGGCUCAACAGGCGCCGCUUUCUCAAGCCCCCUUCCAUGGAAUAGCCUGUGGCUGCCACUCGUGGCCCUCACCCACCUUGGGCCCGCUCCCCCCUUCUCCAGCCUCAGCCCUGCACUCCCCAGUCCAGAGUGUAGCCUGGGCUGGCACCUGCACCUUCAGAGCCUGCCGCCAUCCCUGGGCCUCACCCCCAGGCCUGCCCAAGCUGUUUUCAGUGAAAAACCUUCCGGAAGACCAGGGAAGCAUCAGCAGAGGGACAGGUCAGAUGGAAAGGCAUGGAUGGGGACUGUUCAGGGGACAGCACUAACGAGCUCCUGGGGCCUGUAGAAGGAGAGUGAGUGGGCAGAGUUGAGCUCAAGUGGUGGGGGCACAGGAGAGGUGCAGGAAAGGUGGGGAUUUCCCCAUACGGAGCUGGGGAGGGGCCUCUUAGGCCCUUCCAGGAGGUGGGGAGGCCCCGAAUCAGGGUGCCGGCGCCUGCUUUGCUUUUUCCUCACUGCACUGGGUGGGCCACAGGCUGGAGAGCACCUGAGUGAUGAUCUUGACCACUGCUAAUGAGCCUGCUGGCCAAAGUCACAAGCAGAAAGUUGUGAGCCGGGCUGGGGGUCGGGGUGCAGCUGACAGGAGAAGGCUCCUUGGGGCUGGGCUCCAUGGGAGGUCCAGGGCUCUAGGACAGGGGGCUGUUUUCCAACCUCUGAAUGGAGCGUCCAGUUGGCCCAGGCCCUGAGGGAGGCCAUUUCACCGUGUUCUCUGCCUGAGAGGCCCAGGACUGUGGCUGGGAUCCCUCUUUCAGAGGAGGAGGCCGGCCCAGAGAGGGGGAACUGCCAGGCCUCACAGUCUGGUGGAGCCUUUCUGCCCCACGAGGUGCCAGACACAGCUCUGGGGCCUGGCCGGCUGCUGGGUGUCCUCCAGCCUGCUGGGUCUCAGGUGAAAGGCACCUGCAGCCCCUGCCCACCUGUAUUCAGGAAUGCGCGCGUUCCUGCGGCAGAGCAGGGCCCAGUGCUGUACCGCAGUACUGGGGGGAGGCCACAGCACAGGCAGAGGGCCCAGACUCCCCUCCCCUGGGAAGCCAUCUCUCUUCUGUGAUGGAAAGUCACAGCCACGAAGGCUUGGGAGCAAAGGGAAUUCUCUUCCAAGAACGUCUCACUGAUGCUGUUUGGUCUCUAGGAAUGGAAUCACUUUUUUAAUGCAGUAAAGAAAUAAUAAAUGUUGGUAUUAUACAUUGUUUAAUGGUGCUUUUACUCAUGUCUUGUGAACUCUGGAGGUGGUCCUGGGGGAUGGAUGCCACCUGUCCUCUGGGUGGGGGAGGGGCAGCUCAGAGAGGUUAAGUUACUAGGUCACCAGGCUGGGAAGGGGCAGAGCUGGGAUUUGAACCCAGUCCCCGACUGAAUUUCAAGCUGCACCGUCACAGCCCCUGAGGGGAAAAUGCUGGGUGGUUUGGCAUCCCUCCAGAUCCAGGUUGACCAGGCCUCUGCAUGUCUGGAGAGGGGACAGCUCUUUCUCCUCCUGCCCUGGUGGGCAGGGCAGGGCUUUGUGCCCCCACUUCCUGUCUGUCAGCCCCGUGAGCGUGUCCACGUUGUUGGCGUUGGGUCAUCAGAGCAGUCCU